AUGCUUCUCCUCCGCCCGCUCCCGCUCACGCUCCCUGCCCCGGCCCUGCGGGCCAGGCCCGCGGCCCUGGGGCCGCGGCCUCGGAGGCGCCCGCCGCGUCCUCGCGCCGCCUCCGCCUACGGCGCCGGUGGUGUCUCGGAGGAGGACGCCUUCACCAGGUGCUCGGGGUACCUGUUCGAGGAGGGGCUGGCGACCGAGGGGGACCUCCCCACCGCGUACGACAUCCCCGGCAUCGCCAGAGUGUACGGCCGCCGCCCGCUCCUCGUGCUCCGCCGCUCGCUGCAGAUCGGGACCUCCUUCGGCCGCUGGUUCGCGCUGCGCUACCUCGACAGCCUCAACGACCGCGCCGACGACAUGUUCGAGGUCAGGGCUGCUCAGCUCAGGAGGAUUCUACUGGAGCUUGGCCCGGCAUUUGUGAAGAUCGCACAAGCAGUUUCCUCACGGCCGGAUGUGAUUCCUCCUGCAUACCUCGAUGAACUUUCACUACUUCAAGACCGCAUAGCACCAUUUUCCACUGAGCUUGCUUUCAAUAUUAUAGAAAAGGAGCUUCAGAUGCCACUCGACAUGAUUUUCUCUGAAAUGUCACCAGUGCCUGUUGCUGCUGCAUCUCUUGGGCAGGUUUACCAGGCUAGGUUACGUUCCAAUGGGAAGUUAGUUGCCGUAAAAGUACAAAGGCCUGGAGUCCAAGCCGUAAUUUCCUUGGAUAUCUAUAUCUUGAGGUUCCUCGCUGGUGUUGCCAGGAAGGUUGGCAAGUUCAACACAGACCUUCAGGCUGUCCUUGAUGAAUGGGCGUCAAGUUUAUUUCGGGAGAUGGAUUAUAGAGAAGAAGCGAGAAAUGGACUUAAGUUCAGGGAAUUAUAUGGGAAACUUAGAGAUGUGAUGGUUCCAGAAAUGUAUCUGGAGCAGACGAGAAGACGAGUCCUUAUCAUGGAAUGGGUUGAGGGGGAAAGGUUGUCUGAAGUUAGAGAUCAAUAUCUGGUUGAGGUUGGAGUAUACUGUUCACUUUCCCAGCUUUUGGAAUAUGGAUUUUAUCAUGCAGACCCACAUCCUGGAAAUCUUCUACGCACAGUUGAUGGGAAGCUAGCAUACUUAGAUUUUGGAAUGAUGGGAGAAUUCCGACAAGAACUCCGUGAUGGAUUUAUUGAAGCUUGUCUACAUCUUGUUAACCGGGAUUUUGAUGGUUUAGCAAAAGAUUUUGUUACUCUUGGUUUGCUUCCUGCAACUGCUCAGAAAGAUGAAGUGACAAAGGCAUUGACAGGUGUAUUUGAAAGUGCAGUUAACAAAGGAGUUCAAAAUAUAAGCUUUGGAGAUCUGUCAGGGAAUCUUGGGCAAACAAUGUAUAAAUUCAAGUUCCAGAUACCUUCAUACUUCUCUCUUGUAAUCCGAAGUCUUGCUGUCUUGGAAGGCAUUGCAAUCAGCUUCAAUCCCAACUACAAAGUCUUGAGCAGUUCAUACCCAUGGAUUGCAAGAAAAGUUCUCACUGACAACUCACCUAACCUUCGGUCAACAUUGUACACGCUACUUUAUAAGGAUGGCACUUUCCAGAUUGACCGUUUGGAGUCUUUGUUAACCGAGUCGCUCCGGGCAAGAACAGAGCAGACCUUGGUCAGAACUCAACAAGAUGAAAGUGAUAGUUCAAGAUUUGCAAUUAAACAAGUGCUGUCAUUUACACUCACUGAACAGGGUGCCUUUGUGAAGGAUUUACUUCUUCAGGAGAUUGCUAAGGGACUAGAUGCACUUGGAGUGGCCACAUUAAGUUCUGUAACGUCCGCUGCAGCCUCAAGAUUGCCAUUUGCACCAUCCCCAUCACCAUCACUGAACAACGAGGAGGCCACUAACUUGAGAAACCUCUACCGCCUUCUCCUACUUGUAGCUAAGACUCCUCAGAAGGAAAACUCAUCACGGGCUUCUGGAUAUGAAAGCACUGGGGAGAAAGGAGAUGAUGGCGCAGAUGAUAUGUCUCUUGUGUUAAAUGAGAUGAGGUCUUUUCCAGAGUUUCUGCCAGUUCUUUCUGUCGUUCCUGAGCUUUCACCAGAGUCCCAACAGCAGUUUCUCCUCCUGCCUGCGGAUUUAACUAAUCUUGUUUUAUCUCGUGCUGUUGCAAGAACCAUCAGAAGAAUGUUCAUAUGA